AUGAACAUGAACUCAGGAACGGGAGAAGAGCUUCCCCUGAACAAGCAUCAGAGUGGUUGUCUCUCACUUUGUCUUCUUACUAUGAGGAGGAAGGAAGCUGUCCUGUAUAAGUAUAAGGAUAAAAGAAAAAUUGAAGUAACAAUUCUUGCCACUGGAUCUGGUAAACAUGGUUGUCGUGCUACUGUUUCUCUCGCCGAGGGUGGUGGUCCAGCGUGCCAUGAUUAUGAACUCAAGGAGGGGAGAAGAGCUUCCCCUGAAGAAGCAUCAGAGUGGUUGUCUCAUGCUUUGUCGUCUUAUUAUGAGGAGAAGGGUUUGAAAGUACCAGUACUAAUUGCAGGGUGGGACGACAACAAAUCAGAAGCUGUCCUGUAUAAGUUUAAGGAUAAAAGAAAAAUUAAAGCAACAAUUCUUGCCACUGGAUCUGGUAAACAUGGUUGUCGUGCUACUGUUGCUCUUCUGAGGCCUCAGCCAUUGCCCUCAAUGGCUGAAGCUGUGGAGUUGGCGAAACGAGCCCUUUGCAUUGCUGCAUAUAGAGCUCCCGAAAGUCUUGAACUCAUGAGUGUUUACCUUGUAGGACCUGGCGGUGUCAGAACUGUGGUCUCGUCUGGUGAUGUAGGAGAAUGGCAAAAGCAACACAUCAAAACCACACCAUGGAAGUACAAGUAUGAUGACCGCCUUUGAGGAUUUGAGCUUGGCAAAACCUCUAUGGUUGGAUGAUUAGGGGUGCGGCUUUGUUUUUAUUCAUCAAGAACUUUGUGUUUUUGGUGUUAUUAGCGGGAUUUCUUGAUUUUCUAUGUACUGUUAAUGGGUGGUUUUAUGUCUUCGUUUUAGUAUCUAUGCAUAAUCCAUCCAUCUAUUAUAUGAAGCAUGUUGGUUAGGGGUGCAUGGGCUUUGUUUUUAUUCGACUUACAACUUCGUGUGUUUAGUGCUUAUUAUGGC